GCAUAGAAUGUGGGACAGGAUAAUGUAGGUAUCUUAGGAAACAAGAAGUAAACCUAACAUUGGAUUCAGAUGUGCCUUCAUGCCUUGAAAUGCUGUUCUCUGUGAUAAACAACAUGAUUUACUCUUUGUCCUAUUUGACGCCCCCUUUCCUGAAAGACUUCCAAGGGGAAAUAUUUUGAACCCGCCCAAUGAAAUUUCUAUCAUAGAAGAUCAUAGAAGUUCUCUUAUGUUUUGAUUUGUUUUCUAGGCUGCAUCAGUGCAUUAAUGUCUGCAAAAUAGAAGAACAUUUGUCGUCUUAAAUCAGACAGACAGACCUCUGUAUCUGCUCUGACAUGAAGGCAUUUCUGUCACUGUCAGUGCUGUUGGCUCUCAUAAGAGAAAACAUCGGAAAGCCCACAGUCUUCAUUCUCCAGAGGUAUCCUUUAGUUUAUGUUGGAGAUGACAUCACUUUCAAAUGUAAGGGCACUUCUAAGCCGAUAACAUGGAAAAUCAAUGAUGUAGAGCAAUCAAAUAAGAAUUCCUUAAUGGUUCUAAUGAUGGUAACACCAAAAAACAAUGGGAAUUACACAUGCGAAAAGAACGGAGAGAAAAGCGAAGCAUUUAUACUCACAGUACUGGUGUUGGAGCCGCACGCCCAGUUAUCUCUGCCCAUAGGGGGCGCUGUGAUCACUAAAGGUGAAGCGAGGAUCCUGACACUGCAGGUGGAUGAGGAUUUGGACAAGUGGAAGUGUUCUGCAUUCAGGAAUAAUGUUGGCUACAAACUUGAAGUGACUAAAAACAAGACAAUGAACAUGGGCACUGUGUAUGCAGACUUACAAGAUACACAAAGAGCAACAUUCUGGUGCAUGAAGAGUCAAACUAAACACAGGAGCAAUGCACUUACACUGAAGAUGACAGAGCGUUUGGUAAUGUUGGAACCUCCAGUUGCACCUGUGUUUAAGGAUGAAACCAUUACUCUCAGGUGUGCUGUGUGGGGCGGAGCCGAAGUGACACAUGCCGAUUUCUAUAAGGAUAACAAAAUCGUAAAUAGUAAAGAGAUAGUAAAAAGUGAGGAGUAUAAAAUCACCAAUGCCACAGAGUCAAAUAAUGGUGAAUACAAAUGUAUCGCCACCUACAAAUACAGUCACAUUUCUUCAGCGGCAGCCACACACAAACAUGAGUCUGAUCCACAAGAAUUAAAAGUUAUAGGUGGACCUCCAGUUGCUGUGUUAGUUAUAGACGAUCAGGGAUCUCUGCAGUGUUCCUGUGAACAGUGUGAAUCAGUCUGUGAGACAUACGAAUGGUAUUACACUGAUAACUCGGGUACACGCACAAAACUACAAAAAGAGACUGAACAGGACAUUGAUCCUACAGAUAGGGGAUCAUACAUCUGUCGAGUAGCCUGUCAGGAUGGAUUUUCACGAUUCAGCACUCCUCACGUCUUCCCAGGACCCUUGGAUGGAGUGGGAGGACGGAUGGUGGCAGUUGUUUUGGCAGCAAUUCUGAUUAUUCUUGUGUUGGUGAUCAUCAUUCUGGUGGUGUUGAAAUGCAGGCGCAUUAGAGGAAUGCAUUCACUGAGACAGGGCAAAGAGACAAAGAAAGACAAAUCAGAGGAUAAAGGCGUCUACCACACGCUGAAGGCCGGUGAGGGAUCGGGCGAGGGAUCGAGUCAGGAUCAGGAUCAGGGGGGAAAUGAGGCUCUUCAGAAUGUAAAAGCCCAGGUGUACCAAACUCUGAGUUCAGAUGGGUCAGGAAAACCUAAAGAAGAAGCAGAGGGAGGAUACGAACAGUUGCCACAGAAAAUCUGAGAUCUUACUAUAUAACCCUUAGAAACCCCUAGAAACAUUAGUAAAGUGUAUUUUCCUAUACAACCUCGAGAACCACUAGUAACUAGUAGUUUUUUAUUUUUCUACUAUGUACACCAAGUAUUAUAUACACAAAAAGUAUUCUCACCACUGAGUUUGAAAAGUUUAGGAAUGACUACUAUAUCUUAGUUAAAAAGUAUGUAAGAAAUCUAUACAUGAUCAAUUAAAUAUUGCAUGUUUAAAAAAGACAAUAACACCAUAUUGUAUUAAAAGUUUAUUGAAAUAGAGUAGAGAAAAAAAACAUAUAAUAAUAUUAAAAAAAUUAUAAUGCAUUGUAAAAGAUAGACAAAGGAACAAAGAGUGAGUUACCAUUAGAUAAGGCAUGAUGUCUUGCGGGAAAAAAAGGAUCACGAAGAAGAGGACGGAGAGAACACGAAUAUAAAAAACAAAGAAAUUCAUAAGGGUUAUAUAGGAUCCAUGAAGGGGGUUCACAAGACUGUGAUGUCAUAGGGGAUUGGACUUGGCCACUAGUCUAUAAAAGGAUGAAGUUUUGAUGAGUCUGACAAAAACUGGAUGCAACCGCCGUUUAUUCAGUGUCUGACAAUCUGAAGCUUACAUUUAGUUAUUUAAUAUUUACAUUUAGUUAUACCACGGGUCUGUUGAAUGCUGUAUUCUGAUUGGCUGAGAAAUGUCCCGUGGGUAUGCAUUAAUUUCUGAUAACCGCACACCUUACUUGUCAAAUGUCUUAAAAAUAGACACCAGAGCAAUGUUUGUGGUAACCGUGGUAUAAGAGGAAUAAUUGACUCCGGUCCUUUGAAUUAUUUGAAAAUAAUGCACACCCGCAGUGUAACGGCAUUGCACCUUGGGUGUGCAUUAUUUUCUUAUAACUCAAUGGCCUGUCGUCAAUAAUUCCUUACUUAUUCAGCAGACGCUUUGUCUAAAGCGACUUACAAAUGAGGUAAACAAUACUGUAGAAGCAAUUAUAGCAACACAAGAACAACAAUUCAUAAGUUCACUAGAACUAGUCUUAUCAAGUCUAAGUUUUGUUUAAUAAUGACAGAGAAGAUAAAGAUGAAGCUAGAAGAAUAGAAAAAAAAAAAUAAGUGAGGUGCUGGCGGAGGAGAUGGGUUUAUAGCCGAUUCUUAAAGAUGGCUACAGAGUCAGCAGAUCAAUCUUUUAGGAACCUUUGAAUAGCGUGUUAGAGUUUGUACUUUGUUUUUUUACUUAAUUGAAAACAAAAAUUGUACUAUCAUUAAAUAAAAAACAUAUAAAAGACAAGAAGAGGUCUGCUUGCUUCUACUAAGUUACCCUAGCGGUAACAAACAACCUACUGUAUGGAGGAACUAUUUUUAUUUGCACUAUUGCUUUAUUUUAUGUAUUUUAUUAUAUUGCUGUGUGACUUUUAACUUAAAUUCUGCUUAUUUUCUAGAAUUGUGUAAGGCACAGUCUUUUAUGGAUGAUAAUAAUGGGUUUAACUUAAUUGAUCAAAAUGUGCACAGCUGUUUAUUCAAUAUUUGUAGUGCAACGCAUCGGUGUAGUUCUGUCGUUAUCCAUAAGAUGGAGACAAACUAACAAAACUGAAAUGUUGUCUUGUUGAUGCUCGCAUUUACCACAGGAGGUCACUGGAGCAUUGAUGUGGUUUAAUAGAGAUUGGUAGCUUUGACUUUGUAAAAUUUUCUACUUUUUUACUCGAGCAAUAAUCUAUAGCAUGUGGAAUAUAUAAUAAAUUGAUUU